AAAAAAAAAAAAAAAAACGAGGUCUGUUAUUUUGCUCUUUGAACUUAAUGUUGUCCGACAAGAGCGCCUUAUAACCGACAGGACAAUGUCUCGGGCUGCGGAGAGGCUCCGGCUGACGAUCGGUCAUCUCGAUCGCUCGCCCGCGGUGGUCGCAGCACCGACGUCUGCUCAAACUUCCACCCUUUACACUCGCCAACUAAGAUACACGCUCCCUAAUGACCUAUUGACGCCAGAAGAGAGGCUCCUCUAUGAGCAAAACGGAUUCCUUGUUGUCAGGAAUCUGGUGGCCGAUGAGGACGUCGACUUGUUCAGAAAGGAGUUUGAACGCAUUUGUCAACAGAAAGUCAUCGUUCCCGGUCUGAUAGUGAUGAGAGACGUCGCCGUCGCGAAGUCCGACUUUGUUCCGGAUCAGAAAGCCGUCACCAAACUCCAAGACUUCCAGGAGGAUCCUGAACUCUUCCGGUACUGCGCCUUAGCGCAGAUCCUGAAGUAUGUGGAGUGUUUCACUGGACCGAACAUUAUGGCGAUGCACACCAUGCUCAUCAACAAGCCUCCCGACGCAGGAAAGAAAACGUCCCGCCACCCGAUGCAUCAGGAUCUGCAUUACUUCCCGUUCCGGCCGGUUGACCGGAUCGUCUGCGCCUGGACGGCGCUGGAGCGGGUGAACAGGCAGAACGGCUGCCUGGUGGUCCUGCCGGGAACGCACACGGGCGCGCUCCAGGAGCACGACUACCCAAAGUGGGAGGGUGGGGUGAACAAGAUGUACCACGGAGUGCGCGACUACAACCCGGAACACCCCAGGGUGCACCUGGAGAUGGAGAAGGGGGACACCGUCUUCUUCCACCCGUUGCUCAUCCACGGCUCGGGAAUGAAUCGGACGCAAGGAUUCCGGAAGGCUAUCUCCUGCCACUAUGCCAGUUCCGACUGCUACUAUAUCGACGUGAAGGGAACCACGCAGGAAAACAUUGAGAAUGAGGUCAAGGAGCUCACAUCCAAGAAGCACCCCGAGGCUACCGAUAUCACCUUCCAGGACACGUGGGCUUUCCGAGGCCGCCUGGUGCGGGGAGAGAGACGCGCACUCUAAGACGAGCUACGGAAGACGACUGAGGAAAAUUGUGAUUGUGUAACAAUAGGUCGUGUUCGCUUUAAUCGCAGAGCUAACGAUUGAGGAUCAUUUAUUGAAUUUUUGGAACUUACUUUACUUGUGAAAUAUGUUCUGCGGGUCAUUUAGAUGUCUUGAUAGUUUCAGAGUACAGUGUCAGAUUUAUCUGCACUGACACACAGCACAGUUUGUGGUUUGCUUCGUUUUUGUCGCCUUUCCAGCACAAAAGCACAGUUAAGCAUUACCGUUAUGCACUUGAUCCGAACAGACGGCUUUUUAAAACGAUGGCCUGCGGCGUGUUGAUUCUGGAAAAAAAAUGAGAAUGUGCGCGAGUGGAAAAAUAUAGUACUUGAAAUCAAGACUCGUCAUUAAUCUGCUUUACAGAUGGACUUGAGGGUCACCUUUCAUGUGAUGAAUGUAUACAUGUUUUUACAAUAAUUCAUUAGAAUGUUUUAAUAAUAAACUAUAGAAUUGC